AAAAGAAAUUUAACAUUUGCAUAAAAUGCCAAUAAAGAUAUAUGGGAUUCUGAUAAGUGGGCGCAAAAUAAACGAAACAAAGGGAGAGGCCAACAAACAAAAAGUAACAUUGAACAUUGAAUUUCCAAAGAAUUAUUUGGAGAGUUAUAAUUGAACUUAAAAAUCGCAUUCGUAUAAAUGCCAAUGCAUCUUGGCUAAAAAGAUGCAGUCGAUGAAAAUUCUUCCCAACGACGACUACAACCAAAUCAUGAAAAUUCUGAUAGUCUUUGCCCUUCUUUGUUCCUGCUGCUGCUAUGCAUUGGAGCGACAGGAAGAGGUGAGCUCAACGGUGAAACCAUCACAUAAUUUUAGUGAUAAACUUGUGCAAGAAAUAGAUCAUUUAGCCCAAAAGGUAAAGGAUCGCUUAAAGGAAACAUCUAAGAAAGCGGUCAAAGAUGUAAGAGACCACGUAACACCUCCCCCAGAAGUGACUGCCAAAGUGAGUCGUUUGGAGCAUCAUGUUAAGAAAAUUAUGCAACAAGUUGAGCAUCAUGUGCCACAGGUUGUGCAACAUGCCAUCGCACAGCGCAAGCAACAUAAUGUUGUAGUCAAAAAGGUUGUUGAGCCAAGCAUAGAAAUUCCUCAACAUAUCAAAGAUGUUGUACAACAAAUUCAUCAACAUGUUCCUCAAGUUGUACAACAUCAUGUGACCCAUAAGGAUAAACAAGUUGUACCCGAUCGUGUUAAGGAUAUUGUGCAGCAAGUUCAUCAACAUGUACCACAGGUAGUACAACAUCAUAUUGCCAGCCGUAAAGAAGUUGUGGAAGGCAAAGCAAAUGUUGAUUCUGUAGUACCCGAUCGUGUAAAGGACAUAGUCACCCAGAUACAUGAACAUAUACCCCAAGUUAUUCAUCAUCAGGCAAAUCAUGCAGAGACCCCGGUUGCAGUUGUAGAAAAGAAAAUAGUUGAGAAUGUUGUGCCGGAUCAUGUUAAGGACAUUGUCACACAAAUUCAUCAACAUGUUCCACAAGUCGUGCACCAUCAUGUUGCUAAUCAUGUCAAACCCACUGUUCCUGUUGUGGUUGAGAAAAAACAAGUAGAUGUUGUUGUUCCAGAUCGGGUCAAAGAUAUUGUUAAUCAAGUGCAUCAGCAUGUACCAAAAGUUGUCCAGCAUCAUGUUGUUAAUCAUGUCAAACCCACUGUUGAGCAAGUCGUUGAGAAAAGAAAUGUAGAUGUUGCUAUACCAGAUCGAGUCAAAGAUAUUGUCAGUCAAGUUCACCAACAUGUUCCCAAAGUUGUGCAGCAUCAUGUCAAACCCACUGUUCCAGUUGAGAAGAAAGUAGUAGAUGUUGUUGUUCCAGAUCGUGUCAAAGACAUAGUAAAUCAAAUCCAUCAACACGUUCCCAAAGUUGUCGAGCAUCACAUGGUUCAUCAUGUCAAACGCAAUGUUCCAGUAAUGGCAAAGGAAGUCGUUGACACCAAACCUGUAGUCGUUGUUCCUGAUCAUGUGAAGGAAGUCGUUACUCAAGUUCAUGAACAUAUUCCAAAAGUAGUUCAUCAUCACUUAGUAAAUCAUGUCAAGCCCUCAGUUCCGGUUGUUGUAAAGAACGCAGUAGCCAAUGUAGUGCCCGAUCAUGUUAAAGAUAUCAUCACUCAAGUGCACCAUCAUAUACCUCAAGUAGUUCAGCAUCGUGUUGAAAAUCAUGUCAAACCAACAGUUCCAGUAGUUGUUGAGGAAGCCGUCGUAAAGAAGCAAGUCGAUAAUGGUGCUCAACAUCAAGUAGUACCAGAUCGUGUAAAAGAUAUAGUCCAACAAGUCCAUGCACAUGUUCCAAAGGUCGUUCAACAUCAUGUUGUUAACCAUGUCAAACCCACUGUUCCAGUUGUAGUAGAUGUUGUUGUACCCGAUAAAGUCAAAGCUGUAGUUAAUCAGGUCCACCAACAUGUCCCCGGAGUCGUACAGCAUGUGAAGAACGUUGCAGAAAAUGUCGAAAAUAGAUCAGCAAUUGAUCGCAUAAAAGAUGUCGUCAGUCAAAUUCAUGAUCACGUUCAUAAUGUAGUUCACCAUCAGGAAAAUCAUGCUAAGGAAGAAGGUGUUGGCGACAACGUAGUUGAAAAAGUGGUGCCUGAGCAUGUUAAAGAUUUGGUAACUCAAAUUCACGAACACAUUCCAAAAGUUGUCCAACACCAUGUUGCAAACCAGGUUAAGCCCACGGUUCCAGUCGUUAAGAAAGAAAUCGUCAUACCUGAUCGUGUUAAAAAUAUUGUGGCCCAAGUUCAUCAACAUGUUCCUCAAGUUGUGCAACAUCAUGUUGUCAACCAUGCUCCAUCACCCACAGUUGCUACUGUUGUGAAAACUGUUGAGAAAAAAGUAAAUGCUGAUCAUAUUGAAGGUAUUGUUGAGCAAAUCCAUCAUCACAUUCCCCAAGUUAUACAACAUCAUGGGGGUAAUAAUGUAAAGACCGUUAAAGCUCUGCAACAUCAUGUUACACAUCAAGUCGACACCGAGACUCCGGUUGUGGUACAAACUUCUCUUAACGUUCAUGGACACAACAAACCAGAUGUAGUUGAAAAAAAGGAAGCACCAGUUACACCUCAAAUUCCAACUGUUGUUCAGGAGAUAGUUUCCCAAAUUAAUCAGCAUAUUCCACAAGUCAUACACCAACAUAUGGCCAAUAGAGAUAAGCAGGUGGUUCCACAUCAAGUAGUCAGUCAUCGUUCUAGCGGCCAUAUCAACAGUGUUCAACAUAAACCAACUGUUGUUGAUGUUAUCACUUCUCAAAUCGAACGUCACAUCCCUCAGGUUAUCCAUCACCAUCUGGUGGCACAAAAACAAAGAGAACCCACUCCCGAGGAGAAGCAAAAAGUUCCCACUGAUGCAGUACAUUCCUAUGUUGUCACCAACAAAAAGACCAACAAAAUCGAGAGCAUCGUUUCAAAUGUUCGCAAACAGAAGUAUCCCCAUAUAAAUGUUGAUAUACAUCUCGGACAUCAACAUCAUCAUCAUUAGAUAGGCCGGCAAUCAACUUAAAUUGCCAACGA